UUUGCUUUAAUAUAGUUAUUUAAAUAUAAAUAUAAAUACAAACAUAAAUUAAAGAUCGACCUUUUGGUUUGAAGAUCUUCAGAUAGAUAAAGUUACUUUAAAACGUACCUUUAACUGGUAAUGUUUCCGUUGAAAAAGAACAUAUAUUUAGCAAUGCCAUCUAUUCAGACAGAGAGGUUAUGUUACUGAAGCUGGCGGUCGAAUCUAUUGAAACCGACAAGCGAUUAUUUUCAUCGUAACUGUGCACAAUAUAAUUAUCAAAUAACUUGUUUUUGAUUUUUACGUGUCAAAAAGCAGGCAGCCAAAAUGACGAUCGGCAAAAACAAUAAGAUGCUGCAACAUAUUAAUUACAGAGUUAGAAUUAUUCUCCAAGAUUCUAGAACAUUCAUAGGCACGUUCAAAGCUUUCGAUAAACAUAUGAACCUUAUACUUGGAGAUUGUGAAGAAUUUCGUAAAAUUAAACCAAAAAAUACGAAGCAACCAGAAAGAGAAGAUAAACGUGUAUUAGGCUUUGUACUCUUAAGGGGAGAAAAUAUUGUUUCUUUAACGGUAGAAGGCCCUCCACCUCCAGAAGAAGGCUUACCUAGGGUACCUAUUCCUGGAGCUGCAGCAGGACCUGGUAUGGGUCGAGCAGCUGGACGUGGUAUGCCUGCAAAUGUUGCUGGAGUACCUACGGGGUUGCAAGGACCUGUCAGAGGUGUCGGUGGCCCAUCACAGCAGAUUAUGACACCGGGAGGCAGAGGUCAAGUUUCUGCACCACCACAGAUGCACCCCGGUGGUCCUCCACGUAUGCCAGUUGGAGGUCCUCCACCUGGGAUGAUGGGUCCACCUCCAGGAAUGAUGGGUAUGCCACCAGGAAUGCCACCCAUGGGACGCGGGGGACCACCAAUGGGGCCUCCAGGAAUGAGAGGACCACCUCCUGGCAUGAUGAGAGGUGGACCACCACCUCGACCUUAUUAAAAUUAUCUAAAAUGUAUAAUUGUGUUUCCUGAUAAUAAAAAUCUCUUUUACAAUGGAAA